AUGCUGUCGGUGCCUGGUCCACUUACCUCAGCGCCCGUCGGGUCUACGCUGCAGUACAGAGCCGCCAGCAGGAGCAGGGUGCCGGACGGUACCAGCAUGGUGGCGGCGCGCGGUGGACCAGUGCAGGCUACCCGCAAACAACCCGCUGAGAGGGACUACUCGGCUCACUUUGCUGUGUUUCUGGUGACCAUAUUUCAGCAGGUUUUCGGUGCCGCAGGUCGGGGCAGACAUGCUGUAAGGGGCUCCACGAGUGAAACAGCUGAAGUGAAGCUUUCGGUGCGCAUGAGCGGCACCAUGCAAGGACAACACAACAGGCUGCUGCUCCUGUGCCUCUCCGUGGCCAUCCUCGCCGCAGGAGUGCACGCGGGUGGGAAGAAGCACAGCGGCCCCUGUGGAGGAAGAGACUGCAGCGGAGGCUGUCAAUGUUUCCCAGAGAAGGGUGCCAGGGGUCACCCCGGGCCACAUGGUCCUCUGGGCCCCCAGGGGCCUUCGGGGAGACCAGGUGAUCAUGGGAUCGAAGGACCAAAGGGGCAGAAAGGUGACCAUGGCCGUAGUGGCCCCAUUGGUCCGAAAGGCAACGUGGGAAUGACCGGCGUUCCUGGAUUUUCUGGAAACAAUGGCAUUCCUGGCCACCCGGGACAAGCCGGGCCCAGGGGGAAGCCAGGGGCAGACGGCUGUAACGGCACACGGGGAGAUUCUGGGUCGUCGGGGCAACCAGGCAUUAAUGGCUCACCCGGUUUUCCUGGACAACCAGGCUGGAAGGGAUCGAAGGGAGACUCUCUGGAGCUGAGUGUGUACAUGAAGCGCUUCAGGGGAGAUGCAGGCACACCAGGAGUCAACGGAAUAUUUGGUCCUCAAGGAAACCCGGGAUGGCAGGGUGCCAGAGGAUUACCAGGACCGCAGGGUCCCAGAGGGUCUCCCGGUCCCCGUGGACCACAGGGCACUAUUCCCAAAGUGCUGAAGGGAUUCAGAGGAGAACAAGGAGACAUCGGACCACCGGGGCUUCCAGGAAACUCCACUCAUCAGUUCAAUAAGCCCCUCUACGGCCCCUCGGGACACAGUGGUGAGAAAGGAGAAUUAGGAGAUCUGGCUGACAACAAAGGGGAAACCGGGGUGACGGGGCCCCCAGGAUCCCGGGGUUCACCUGGCACAAACGGGCGUCCUGGACCGAGGGGGGACACCGGCGAACAUGGACCAAACGGUGGAGAUGGUUCUAAGGGGGUCAGAGGUGACCCGGGAGAACUCGUCUCAGCCGGAUCCGUUUGGCCCUGGUCUUCAGACGCUGGUCCUCCCGGUCCGAGUGGCGAGCAGGGUGUGAAGGGAGGGAGAGGCUCGGUUGGAGACCAAGGCUUCCCCGGACCUCCGGGACGCCCCGCCUCUGAAGCACAGCAGCUAGUUUGGGAUUUCAUGGGGCCAUUUGGGGUCAAGGGUCAGCCCGGAGAGAAGGGCCAACAAGGGGAACCGGGACGCCCUGCGGACAUGUCAGGACCCCCGGGUGACAACGGGCGCCCGGGGGCCGACGGCCCCCCAGGACCUAAAGGAACAUGGGCGGAGUUCUUCAAAGGAGCUCCCGGUGGGAGAGGAAGGCCCGGCAAUGGAGGCGUUAAAGGAGGAAAAGGUGAUCACGGAGUGUGUGAAUGCAGUGUGGUGAACUCUUCACCGGGUCUCCCCGGCCCGGCUGGUGGCCGUGGAGACGCUGGGAUGACUGGAGAGUUUGGUCGGGAGGGUGAUUCAGGAGAUCCCGGUCCCCAAGGAGACGACGGGUUGCCCGGAUCUUUUGGGCUCAGCGGUCCGCAGGGUCAAAAGGGUCGAAAGGGGGACGGCGUUGUGGCCUCACAGAAAGGAUAUCCCGGAGAGCCAGGAAAUCACGGGCGAGACGGUGAGCCAGGAGCGUUGGGUGCUCCAGGCCGUAAUGGUUUGCCUGGUCUCCCUGGGGGCCGAGGUCUUCCAGGAGAAGGUACCAGAGGAGAAAUGGGAGACAAAGGUGCACCGGGUCUACCUGGUCGACCCGGUGCACCCGGGCAAACUGGGACAGACGGUACCGUCCUUGGAGGGCACAAAGGCCAACGUGGGUUACCCGGUGACGAUGGCCUCGCCGGCUAUCACGGAGUUCCAGGGACACCUGGCCACCCAGGCGGCUGUAGUACAACAGGAGAUGGAGGACAGGUGGAUGUAACAGGUCCUUGCGAUGUUGUUCCUGGACCUCCUGGGUUGCCUGGACCUCCAGGACCCACUGGACUACCAGGUUACUCAGGUUCUCUGGGCCAAAAAGGACUAAAAGGCCAAUUUGGAGCAGACGGAGAAAAAGGAGAAACAGGAGAACAAGGCAUUGGUGGCCGUGUUGGACCACCAGGUUUCGUCGGCAUCCGCGGAGACUUGGGGGUUCCUGGCAGCAAAGGUUCGGCAGGAACCCCGGGUGUGCCGGGGGUAAACGGCCGGUACGGGGUGCAAGGCGAUCAGGGUGUUCAUGGAGAGAUCUAUGGAGCCUCGCAAGGACCCCCUGGUGAAACAGGACUGCCUGGGAGUCAAGGGAAUCAAGGCCAGAUUGGUGAUCCAGGAGCAUCCGGCUAUCCAGGAAUGGCCGGCAUGCCCGGUAUGAUCGGCUUGAAGGGUGAGAUUGGCCCUCCAGGCCUAGAGGGGGAGGAGGGGAGACCUGGACCAGCAGGCAAGUAUGGCUACCCCGGUGAUCCUGGACAAGCCGGUCCACCUGGGCCACACGGGAGUAUUGGACAGCCAGGUUUGACUGGAGAGAGGGGUACCGAAGGAGACCCGGGCCCUCCAGGUCCGAUCGGAUUAAAAGGCAGCCCAGGGAAGUACGGUGACGAUGGUCCCGUCGGAGAGUCUGGCUCAUCGGGUGAAGCGGGGUCGCCGGGUGCAGAUGGACGUCCAGGACUUCCAGGAAUCAAGGGAUACAAAGGGUCUCCCGGCAUGUCCGGUUUUGAGGGGAUCAGGGGUAAACUAGGGGGGAAGGGCUUCAGCGGGUAUCCCGGAGAACCUGGAGAUCUGGGUCAAGUUGGCCUAAAAGGAGUGAAGGGUCGAAGUGGAGAGAAAGGGGAUCGAGGUUUGAGAGGGCCAUCUGGGAAUAAGCCUCUCAUCCCCGCCCAGAUAAUGGUUGACAUGAAGGGAACCAAGGGCGACCACGGAGGAUAUGGAAAUCAAGGUUUCACCGGGCCGAGAGGUAUCAAGGGUUUGCCCGGUGUGCCCGGCUACGGGGGAACUCAUGGUCUUCCUGGAGAACCCAGCAAUAAGAAAGGUUACCAUGGAGAUGCAGGUGGAGAAGGGUUGCCAGGUAUAAAAGGAGUGCCGGGCCUAACUGGAAAUCGAGGAAUUAGCGGUUUUGAGGGAAUGCAAGGCUACAGGGGAAUUAAAGGAAGUCCUGGUGCCUACGGACCUACAGGAGACAAAGGAAGGAAGGGAGUCAAAGGUGAGAAAGGCCUGCGCAUAGACCUUCCAGGAGCCACCGGAUUGAGAGGAGAGCAUGGCCUUUCAGGAGAACUAGGCCAGAAAGGUUUAUUUGGACAAACAGGGGACAUUGGGUUACCUGGUUUUAAUGGAAUCGUAGGGAAAAAGGGAGAGCCAGGUGAUCCAGGAACAGGAGGGUACCCAGGCUCUGAUGGGCAGAAGGGAAAUCCUGGUAACCAAGGUCAAAAAGGCUUUCCUGGACCUUUUGGAAAUGGUGGACAUCCUGGUUUUCCUGGCUUCCCAGGAGACAAAGGCUUCCCUGGCUCUAAGGGACUUUAUGGAUUACAUGGACUGCAAGGACAAAAGGGUAUCCCAGGAACACCAGGUCUGGAUUCCACUGGACCAGCUGGGGAGCCAGGAAGCAAAGGAGAGAAGGGAGAGGGUGGUGACCCCAACCAUCAGCCAGGUGGUCCUGGCUCAGUGGGUUUGAAAGGCUUCCAGGGACCUCUAGGUGACUAUGGUCAACCUGGACUGCCAGGAUACCGCGGCCCCGUAGGACCAAACGGGACCAGAGGCAGACCAGGACACAUUGGUGACCCUGGCUCUACAGGACCUAAAGGGUACCGAGGUUUCCCAGGAGCCUCAGGAGUUCCUGGUGUAGAUGCUCCCCCCAGUGAAAAGGGUGUAAUGGGAAUUAAUGGGUUUCCUGGAGUCCCUGGUAGGAAAGGAUUCAAAGGAGAUCAAGGUUCCUUUGGAUACAGGGGGCCACAUGGUGUUUCUGGGAAGAAAGGAGUAAAAGGAGAGCAAGGAGUGAUGGGAGUUCCUGGUGUUAUUGGCGUGAAGGGAGAAAGAGGGCCAGCCGGCCCAAAAGGAAACAUUGGAACUCAAGGUUUUCCCGGAUUCCCAGGAAACCAGGGUCCUCCUCACAUUCCCAUCAGAAUACCAGGAGAGAGGGGCCCCGGGGGACCACAGGGUAUCCAAGGGCCAAAAGGGUUCAAGGGGGAACCAGGGCCACACGGCCCCCCUGGUGAUGCAGGUUUUGUAGGACCCAGUGGGCAGAGUGGCAUGCCUGGGAUCAGCGGUCGAUCAGGAACACCUGGAUUCCGUGGAGAGUUUGGAAACGUGGGCCACCCCGGCCUGCAAGGCAUGGAAGGUCGCCGCGGCAACCCUGGUAUCUCCGGGCUCCCUGGCAUGCCCGGCCGCAGCGUGAGCGUGGGCUACUUGCUGGUGAAACACAGUCAAACGGAGCAGACGCCCAUGUGCCCCGUGGGCAUGUCCAAACUGUGGGACGGCUACAGCCUGCUGUACUUCGAGGGCCAGGAAAAAGCCCACAACCAGGAUCUUGGUUUGGCUGGCUCCUGCCUCCCACGGUUCAACAGCAUGCCCUUCCUGUACUGCAAUCCUGGAGACGUGUGUUACUACGCCAGCAGGAAUGAUAAGUCCUACUGGCUGUCCACAACGGCUCCUCUUCCCAUGAUGCCUGUGGAAGAGGGAGAGAUCAAACCGUACAUCAGCCGCUGCUCAGUGUGCGAAGCUCCAUCGGUCGCCAUAGCGAUCCACAGCCAGGACAUCACCAUCCCGCAGUGUCCCGUGGGCUGGCGCAGCCUGUGGAUCGGUUACUCGUUCCUCAUGCACACGGCGGCAGGAAACGAAGGCGGAGGUCAGUCCUUGUCAUCGCCCGGCUCUUGCCUGGAGGACUUCCGCACGACGCCCUUCAUCGAGUGCAACGGGGCCAAAGGCACGUGCCACUACUUUGCCAACAAGCACAGCUUCUGGCUCACCUCCAUCGAUCAGUCGUUCCACACCGAGCCGGCAUCAGAGACGCUCAAAGCAGGCCAGCUCCUGUCACGCAUCAGCCGCUGCCAGGUCUGCAUGAAGAACUUGUGAGGGCCUCAAACCAGGCGUUGCAUUGACAGUGGUCUAGUGUGGUCUGGCGUCGUCUUGCUAUCCGUGUACCAAACCAAACAAAAGGGGGGUCUGAAAUAAUGAUUGGAAUCGAUGUCAAACAGAGCUCUCAAGAUAUGCAAUGACCCGUGAUUCAUGAGCUUUUGAGUGAAACGUCCGGCUGU